AAAGGACCACUGGCUUUGGUUUGCUUUCUUCCCCUGUACGCUCACUGCUCUCUCCGGCCAAAAGAAGACUGCGCUUGGUGUAAUUCAGAGCUCUUGUUACACUUGUCCAUUCAUGGGCUAACGUACAGUGUGGACUUGCCCUUCGGAGCUGCAUUCAUGGAAUUUGAGCCAUAAGUGUGGUGUUGAGAUCAUUUCCGAGUUAAAAUGUUCCAGACAGGACUGCUUCUACUCUUGCUUUUCCUUCUCAGAACAGUGAGAUCACAGGUGAAUCCAGGAGUGUGCAGGUAUCCCCUGGGGAUGACAGGAGGUAAGAUUCAGGAUGAGGACAUCUCUGCCUCAAGUCAGUGGUCCGAGUCAACCGCAGCUAGAUAUGGCAGGCUGGAUUUUCAUGACGGCGAUGGGGCGUGGUGCCCGGACGCCGUGGCCGAGUCGAGCAGCCUGAAGGAGUUCCUGCAGGUGGAUCUGCGCACCCUCCACUUCGUCACGUUGGUGGGCACGCAGGGACGCCAUGCUGAAGGCAUGGGCAAUGAGUUUGCCCAGCGGUACAGGAUCAAGUACAGCCGUGAAGGCAGCCUCUGGGUCUCCUGGCGUGACCGCCAGGGCAGCCAGAUCAUCGAAGGGAACGAAAAUGCCUACGACGUGGUGCUGAAGGACCUGGAGCCGCCGAUCAUAGCACGUUUCGUGCGCUUCAUGCCCGUGACCGACCACUCCAUGACUGUGUGUAUGAGGGUGGAGCUUUAUGGGUGUGAAUGGCUAGAUGGCCUCGUAUCCUACAGCGCCCCCCUUGGUCAUGAGAUGAUCAUACGCGGCCAGCAUGUCAACCUUAAUGAUACUACAUAUGACGGAGCUGUGGGCAUCAGCAUGACAGAGGGCCUUGGUCAGCUCACCGAUGGAAGCUGGGGUCUGGAUGACUUCACUCAGAGCCAGGUCUAUGGCGUCUGGCCUGGCUACGACUACGUGGGCUGGGCCAACGUCAGCUUCCCCAGUAAUGAGGUGGAGAUGAUGUUUGAGUUUGACCGCAUCAGAAACUUCUCACUGAUGAAGGUGCACUGUAACAACAUGUACACAUUGGGGGUGAGAAUAUUCCAGCAAGCUGUCUGUUACUUCCGCUCUGAGUCAGACUGGGAGGAGAAAGCCGUUUCCUUCAAACCCAGAGUGGACAUCAUCAGCCCAAGUGCUCGCUUCAUCACCGUGGCUCUCGGCAACCGCAUGGCCAAUGCAAUUAAGUGCCACUUUGCGUUCAGCGACACCUGGAUGAUGUUCAGCGAGAUUGCUUUCCAGUCAGACAAAGCGGUGUACAACACCUCUCUAGCUCCUCGGAAUCGUGGACACCCUACCAGCCUACACCCAGGACGAAACCCCACCCACAAGACUGACGACAGCAACACGCGCAUCCUCGUAGGAUGUUUGGUGGCCAUCAUUGUCAUCCUAUUGGCCAUCAUCAUUAUUAUACUCUGGAGACAAGUCUGGCAGAAAAUGCUAGAAAAAGCUUUCCGACGGAUGUUGGAUGAUGAACUGACGGCACGUCUCUCAGUUCCUAGGGAAGCCUUCACUAAUUCUUCCACCAGUGAUGCUGAGUCCACAUCCACAUAUGAGAGGGUCUUCCCUCUGGAUUACCAGGAGCCGUGUGGCCUACGAAAAUCACCAGAAUUCCGGGCUACAGAGAAUCUUGUGGCAGUGGGAAGUGUAUCCUCUCAGCAGAUUCUGGGCGACCUUCCGGACAUGGUUCCUCACUACGCGGAGGCGGACGUAGUGAGACAGCAGGAGGUGCCCAGCACCCGUGGUUACUGUAUCGCUGCGGUCGGUGUGCCGCUGGCACCCGGCCGUGAUGGAGCUCUGGAGGAAUUCCCCCGAGAAAAGCUCACCUUCAAAGAGAAGCUGGGAGAAGGCCAGUUUGGAGAGGUUCAUCUAUGUGAGGUAAGAGGAAUGCAGGAUUUUAUGAAUAAAGAUGGGAGUGGUCCGUGUAAUGAGCCCUUCCUUGUAGCUGUAAAGACCCUUAGAGAGGAUGCAACCAAAAAUGCAAGAAAUGACUUUCUGAAGGAGAUCAGGAUCAUGUCAAGGCUGAGGGACCCCAACAUCAUUCGGCUGCUGGCCGUGUGUGUGGAGAGCGACCCUCUAUGCAUGAUCACAGAGUACAUGGAGAAUGGAGACCUCAACCAGUUCCUCUCCCGCCAUGAACUUCAGACUUCAACCACUGACCGCCUGCAUGUAGCCACCAUCAGCUUCCACACCCUGAUCCACAUGGCCACACAGAUUGCCUCGGGCAUGAAGUACCUGUCAUCCCUUAACUUUGUGCACCGUGACCUGGCCACCCGUAACUGUCUAGUGGGGACGAACCGUACCAUUAAGAUCGCCGACUUUGGCAUGAGCAGAAACCUGUAUCGCGCUGACUACUACCGCAUCCAGGGCCGAGCCGUGCUUCCCAUCCGCUGGAUGUCCUGGGAGAGCAUCCUCCUGGGCAAGUUCACCAUGGCCAGCGACGUGUGGGCCUUCGGCGUGACGUUCUGGGAGACGCUGAUGCUCUGUAAAGAGCAGCCCUACUCGCAGCUCUCAGAUGAGGAGGUGAUCGAGAACACGGGCGAGUUCUUUCGCGAUCAGAACAAACAGGUCUACCUGCCAAAGCCUGCCUGCUGCUCUGAUGCAGUUUACUGUCUCAUGCAAAGCUGCUGGAUGAGGAAUGCCAAAGAAAGGCCCACCUUUCAGCAGAUCCACAGCACUCUGAUGGAAUGCCAAGGUUAUCUGCAUACUGACUGAUGAAUCUGACAUCAGAAAUGGAUUCCACAUUUACACAUCCUUUAGCUGAUGCUUUUAUCCAAAGAAACUUACACUUGUGACCGAGUACAGCUUGAGCAAUC